ACCCAAAACACACUCCAUAAUCCAUUCAUUCAUUCACCUUUCCUCGAUGAUACCAGGCUCACCGGGAACAAGAGCAACCAUAUCACCAAAAUGGAGGGCCAGGAUCUGUCUCCUCCCCACGUCGACACAUCUCGACCGUCCCUUGGCUUCCCCCUGGGCACUGCCCUCCUCUUGAUCAUCAUCUUCAGCCUCAGCGGCAUCUUCUCCUGUUGCUACCACUGGGACAAACUCCGCACCUUACGUCAAUCUCACUCUUCCAUCCCUGCACUCUCCCACACCCAAUCCCCACCCUCCACGGUGGUGAAGGGUGAGAGCUUGCCCGUGUUGAUGCCCGGAGAUGAGGUCCCAAAGUUCAUAGCCAUGCCCUGCCCCUGCCACCCUUCUCGCCCGGACAAAAUCAUUGUCACCGUCCAGCACCCACCGCUCAAACCGCCGCUGCUCCUGCCUUUUUAUUAAUAUGCAUCUUGCCACCAUUUCUUCUAUUACCCCAUCAGCUGCAUCAGAUUCCAUAUUUAUGUUCUUCUGUGUAAUUAUUAUUAUUAUUAUUUAAUUUAAGGGACUUCCAAUUUCGCUUUUUUAAUUAUCAAAUUAAAUUAAUUCCACUAGACACAUUCUUCCAUCA